UGCGAGCCGCUGCCUGUGGAUCCUCAUCCCGGAUGCCAGAGCAAGCGACGCAUCACAUCCCAGUACAUAGAGGAGGAGGAGGAGGAGGAAAUAAAAAUUGUGGAGUGACAGAUAAUGCAUUUUGUGAUUAUUUUUUUUUUUACUCGCUCUUUCUGUGUUUUUUAGCGUGUGAUUCAAAUGAAGAGCAUCUUUGGACUUGGAGCACCGGGCAUCUUUAGACAAAAUAACAGCCGUUAUUCCACUGCUGCUGCCGCGCUGCUGCUUACUGUGAAUUUGGGAUGUGUCGUGCAGCUCUCUGCACCAAACCAUGGAGAUUAUAUCACGUGGAUUUAUGCUUUUUUUAACAAAACUGGACAUCUACAGUAACAACGUUUUAGUUUAUAAUUUUGGAUUACUUUCCCCCACCGCCCCCCUAAUCAUCUGUUCUGUUCUUUUAUUUGCCCACGUUCUAUGAUUUCAUGUCUAUAGCGUUUGCAGAUCUUUUAUUUAGACCGUUUAUUAUUAUAUUUUACACUUUCUUCCUUUUCCCUGUCUUUUUUCUUUUUUUUUUCUUUUUGGACUCGAUGAAGUGGGAUGCCUCAAGGAAAACAUUAGUGAGGCGCAGCAGCAAAACGUGAAUGAAUAAUAGUCCCCUUCUCCAUCUGAGACGUGCCAUGGAUGGGAAACUUAACUUGUGUCCACGGAACCGAUCGGGGAAUCGCAUCCUCCUCAAAUAACUGCUGCUGCUGCUGACAGCGACCAGGACGAAUGUCAUAGGAUGAACACUGCUGGUGGGGUGUGUCUGUCUGUGCUGUCCUCCCUCCUGGCUGUGGCUGGGGCCCUGGCUGCUCUGUCUGCCCUUGCUCUAGCUCCACUCUGUACCCUAGCCGAGGUUGCCCAUGGAGCUGUGGAUAGCAUCCCCAGCACAGGGGCAAAUGGAGGACCCUCACCCAUCUCCUCAUCAUGUUCCAGCCUUGUAGCAGGGGUGCUCUACGGUUCUUUCUCCCUAAGGGAGCUUUUUCCCUUCAGGAAACCUGGUUGCUCAUGGUCCUUGGAGAAUCCAGAUCCUACAAAAUAUUCCCUCUACCUUCGCUUUACCCGAAAUCCUAUCAUCUGCCAAAUGCACCAUCCUAUGCUCCUUUCACUGGACCACCACCUAGCCAAUCAAAGCUGCCCUCUUCAUCUACAGACAACAACAGCCAGGGAUCAAGAAGUUGUUGAUCUCUGUGGCAGCACCUUAACCACAGACAGACCAUACUCCUUCCUGCAGUUUGAUAAAAACUUUGUGCAGAUAUGUCUGACGAAACAUCCUCUUGCAGAUGAGGCUCAGGUAACCAAGGAAUUGCUGGAGCAGAGGCUAGUGGAGGUAUUGCUCAUCAACAACGAGAAUUCCAGUCAAUUUACCUGCGGUGUACUUUGCCGUUGGUUUGAGGAAUGCCUGCGGUCAGAUACCAAUGGGGACCUGGAGACACCUGAUGGAGAUGUUUGUGGGAUGACCCAGACAGGGUGUAUUUGUCCUAAUCACAACAUCAUGGCACCACCAAUACCUCUACUGCCGGAGACACCACACAGUUUCAGCAAUGGCUCCCAUGUUCCAGAUGACUGCUGUGUAACUGAGCUUCACUCCAAUGAGGCAAUUGCUAUAGCACCCAGAGAUGUCCGACAAGACCCAUAUGAUGAUGACCUGAAAGUGAAGACCCAAAGGCCACGAUCAGCUGACCUGCCAGGUGUGUUUCAGGCACAAACAGGUGAUCCAGCGGCAGAGGAGUGGUCACCAUGGAGUGUGUGUUCCUUGACGUGUGGGCAGGGCUGGCAAGUGAGGACGCGAUCGUGUGUCUCCUCUCCUUAUGGCACACUUUGCAGUGGUGCUCUGAGGGAAACACGCAUGUGCAACAACACUGUUUCCUGUCCAGGGGAACCUGGAAUCAUAAGUUCAGUGCAUGGGCACUGGGAGGAGUGGUCUUCAUGGAGUCUGUGCUCUGUGACCUGUGGGCGGGGCUUCAGAACACGCAUCAGGAAAUGCAUGGAUGGAGGUGGGGUCAAACCUUGUGGACAGCCCGAGAUUGAUACCAAACCCUGCAACAUAGCCGUUUGUCCUGUGGAAGGCCAGUGGUUGGAGUGGGGCGCCUGGUCAAAAUGUAGUGUAACCUGCAACACUGGGACCCAACUGAGGCAGAGACGCUGCAGUCCGUCAGUGCAUGGCUGGGCUGAGUGUAAGGGGCCCCAUCAGGAGAGUAAGGAAUGCACCAACCCUUCGUGCAGUGGUGGAGGUAACUGGGGCAGCUGGAAUCAUUGGAGUCUCUGUAGCAAGACGUGUGACUCAGGGUGGCAGCGACGCUACAGGAUGUGUGAGGGCAGCGGGGUAAAAGGCUCUCCCUGUGAAGGUUCAGGAGAGGAGGUUAGGUCCUGCAAUGAGAAGAAGUGCCCUGCUCCUCAUGAGAUAUGCAAAGAUGAGAACCUCCUUUCAAUGUCAUGGAAGAGAGCCUCAGCAGGAGAGACUGUCUACAACAAGUGUCCAACAAAUGUUAUCGGAUCUGCUAGUCGUCGAUGUAUGCUGGAUAAUAACGGAGUUGCUUUCUGGGGUCCUCCGAGCUUCGCCAGAUGCGUCUCACUUGAAUAUAGACAACUACAUUUAGCUUUACUAGAGCAUCUUGCGAAGGGUCAGAGGACCCUGGCCGGGGAGGGGAUGUCUCAGAUCGUACGGAGUCUCCUGGAACUUUUGCAGAGGAGGAGCUACUACAGUGGCGACCUUCUCUUCUCCACGGAGAUCCUGCGAAAUGUGACGGACACCUUCAAAAGAGCAACCUACAUCCCAGCUUCCGACGACGUGCAGAAAUUCUUCCAGAUUAUCAGUCAUAUGUUGGACUUGGAAAAUCUUGAAAAGUGGGAGGACGCACAUCAGGUCGCUCCUGGUGCUGCUCUGCUGAUGAGAAUAUUAGAAGAUUUUAUUCAUUUCAUUGGAGAAGCACAAAAGCCUUUUCAGAGUUUCCUAACAGUCACAAACAAUCUCAUGAUAACAAUACAAAGAGAGCCAGUGUCAGCAGUGUCAAGUGAUAUUAACUUUCCCAUGAAGGGACGACGAGGGAUGAAAGACUGGGCCAGGACAGCCGAGGAUAAACUCUAUAUCCCUAAAGAUGUCUUUACAAUGCCUGCUGAGGAGCCUGAAACAGAAUCAGAAACCACAAUGUACUAUGUCAUUGGAGCCAUUUUGUACAGGACUCUUGGCGUCAUCUUACCUGGACCAAGUCCUCCUGCAGUGAUUAACUCCAAGAUAAUGACAGUGACUGUGCGUCCUGAACCACAGCCAAGCGAGCCAAUGGUUGUGGUGGAGCUGUCACCGCUUUUAAAUGGUACAUCAGAUCCUCAGUGCGUUGUCUGGAACUAUGGCAACCCGGAAGCUGGCGCAGAAAACUGGGGCACAGAAGGCUGCCAAACGCUUGCAUCAAACACUGUCCACACCAAAUGCCUCUGCAGCAAGAUAUCCACCUACGCCGUGUUAGCGCAGCAAGCUAAAGAUCCGGACAUGGGUCCUGCCAGCAUGCCCUCGGUGCCCCUUAUGGUGGGCUGUGGGGUCUCCUGCACCGCUCUCCUCAUCCUGCUGCUAAUCUAUGCUGCCUUCUGGAGGUACAUCCGGUCAGAGAGAUCGAUCAUCUUGGUCAACUUUUGCUUCUCAAUCCUGGCCUCCAAUUUGUUGAUUCUGCUAGGACAAUCUCAAACACUCAACAAGGGGCUUUGUACUGUGACUGCUGCUUUCCUGCACUUCUUCUUCUUGGCAUCCUUUUGCUGGGUACUAACUGAGGCGUGGCAGUCCUACUUGGCCGUCAUCGGCAAAACAAGGUCGCGCAUUAUUCGCAAGCGUUUUCUGUGCCUCGGCUGGGGUCUUCCAGCCCUUGUUGUUGCCGUGUCAGUGGGUUUCACCAGAGCCAGAGGUUAUGGCACAGCUAGCUACUGCUGGUUGUCUUUGGAGGGUGGCCUGCUUUAUGCCUUCGUUGGUCCUGCUGCUGUUAUUGUUCUGGUAAACAUGCUGAUUGGGAUUGUGGUGUUCAACAAACUCAUGUCUCGUGAUGGCAUCUCAGACAAAUCUAAAAAGCAGCGAGCAGGUGUCCCAGCGGAGGCGCGUAGCCGACUGCUACUGAAGUGCUCCAAGUGUGGCGUGAUCUCGAGUACCGCUAUGUCCAGCUCGACGGCCAGAAGCGCUAUGGCGUCCCUGUGGAGCUCCUGUGUGGUUCUCCCUCUGUUAGCGCUGACCUGGAUGUCGGCCGUGCUGGCCAUAACUGAUCGACGCUCCACACUCUUCCAGGUCCUCUUUGCUGUGUUUGACUCUGUCCAAGGUUUUGUCAUCAUCACUGUUCAUUGUGCUAUGCGUAGAGAGGUGCAAGAUGCAGUGCGUUGUCGAAUGGGGGGAUGUAAAGACGACAGUGAAAACUCCCCUGACUCCUGCAAGAACGGACAGGUGCAGAUCAUGACGGAUUUUGAGAAGGAUGUGGACUUGGCUUGUCAAACAGAUGUACCGCAGUUUGGUGUGUUGUGCUUUGAUGUAUUAACACAGUCACUUUCCCCCUCUACCCUUGCAGAGAGAGGACACCCAUUCAUUUUCAAAGAGGUCAACACCUGCAACCCAGCCACCAUCACUGGAACCCUGUCACGAAUCUCCCUGGAUGAUGAGGAUGAUCCAAAGCUUGCAGCACAUCAGGAGGGGGGCGUGGGGGUCAAUUUCAGUUCCCUUCCUGGAAACAUCCCACCUCCAAACCUCAUUGUACAGGUGCCAACAUUAGGAGGACUUAAUGAGCUCAGCGAGACACCCCUAAAGAAGGAGGUAAACGUUGACCAGCAGAGACAGCAGGGCCAGCCACGCAGUACUGCUCCAAUAUACUUGUGUACCGAGAGCGGAUUAGGGUGGGCUCGGCCUCCCGCUUCCUCCAACAAUUCCCAGGAUGGAAGUGCAGGAAGUGGGGGGAGUGGAGGGGGAGGAAGUGGUGGAGGUGGGGAAGGAGACUACAUGGUCUUGCCUCGUAGGACAGUCAGUCUCAAACCUCCAGCAUCCUCUUCGCAAGGAGGAGGCCUGGGACUUGGUGGGGAAGACAAACCUCUCAACAUUGGAGUUGAGGACCCUCCCUUUCCCCCUCCUCCCUCUCCACUUACCCUUCACCCAGCAGAGAGUGAAGCCUAUCCGGCGGACUUUGUACCGUCCAGUGUUGGUGAUAUGAAUAUCACCAUGAACCUAAACCGCUCCUACGGGACUAUCAAAACCGUGCCCCAUGGGCAUGGCCACUUGAUGGGUCAAGGUGGACAUGUGCACUCCCACGGAGGACACAUCCAUUCCCACGCGCAUUCACUCCACCUAAAGCCAGGCCAGAGGCCAUCAGUCAGACAGAUUCUGACAGGGGGAACAACUGUGGAGAGAACCCGCACCCUUCCACGCAACCUGGGCAGCACCAAUGCCAACACCAGCCUCUCAGCGGGAUCCCUGGAGAGGAAAAGAGUACGGUACUCUGAGCUGGACUUUGAGAAAGUGAUGCACACUCGCAAAAGACAUUCUGAGCUGUACCAUGAGCUCAACCACUCGUCCAAGUUCCACACCAUAGACAGGUAUAACAGGGACCCAGCCAUGUCCACAUUCAAGUUUGAUCGUAGCCACACAGUCAGCAGCACCAUGGGCAUCCAAGUCAACAAAGGACAAGUCCAACCCAGAGGACCAGAGCUCCUGGGAAACCUUCAAGACUAUGACCCCUGAGCUGUCUAUCGUGCCUGGGGAGCAGAAAGACCGUCUAGAAUUGCACAAUAAGACAUGGGACUCUUCCUCGGCGAACACACCGGACUCAUCUGAGGGAGACUUCCAGACGGAAGUGUGAAGACACGCAGACACUCAUGCUCUCUUUAAUCACAGACUUAAGCUCAUGUUGAGAUACAAACACACAUAGACGCAAGCCUCCCGGAAAAAAUAUAUAUGUAGGUUUGAUUUCCUGCAAAGGAUCUCAGACAUUCUGCUCCCUGCCUCAUGCAGUGUGCUUUGAUGGAUCCCAUACUGUAUUUGUUUACAGCUGCUGAGGACAUAUACGAAAGGAAGACCGUUCUUCGCUCUAUUUUCGCAAAGACUUUUGGGGGGAACAUAGAACAGGGGCCGGAAAGAUAUGUCACUAAAUGAACAUAAAGGAUAAAAAAAAACAUUAUUUCUGAGAUAAAAGGUCUCAAUUUUAUUCUUAAAAUAAAAAGAAAACGUCUUACAAGUGUUUGAUGAUGACCUGGGAAGGGUGGUCUGGGGCGGGAGAGAAAAAUAACAAUAUUUCUGCACUCUUAUUCUUUUUUUAUAUAGCAAGGGGAAGAUUUCACCUAGAACCCCAAGGCAAUCUACUUUCCUUUUUUUCUUGUUCUUUUAAAUGGAUGAUGAAAGUAUCCAGUCACUUAAUCUUUCCUAUAUGUUUGCUUUCUUUUUGUCAAGAGGGAAUAGGGUAUGAGAGGGAGAGACAGCGCUGCUCACAGAUUAUGUGCCAUUCUCUUACAUGUCUUCAUGUUCUGGUUUCUUCUUGACCCACUUUCUCCUUUGACACCCCAUUACCUAAUGUUAUUUUUUAUUUUUUAGCAUUUUCUAUUGUUAUUGAAAGGAAGGAUCAUUCCCCUCUGCUCUGUCACUUGAAAAUGGCCAACAAAUGACAACCAAUUCACUUUUGUUCCAUAGAUUUAUUGUUCAAUGCCCUGUCUGUUUAUGAUCAGCUGAUUUAUUUCUACUGAUACAUGCUUGAGCUGUCUGCAAUUUCUUUUUUGUCGGUUUUUCAUGUAUGAAGAGAUUUAAAUUACAUAAAACUUUAAAUGCCUUGAUAUACCAGAGCACAUGAAAGUGAGAUGACAUUUUAACAGGAUAUGGCAGUCAUAAAGAUUGUAGCCUCUUUGUUGUUCUUUUUUUUUAAGUUUAAGGGUUGCAUGAUUUGAGCUGUUGCGAGUGGCUCUCGGUUAAUCGCCCCUUUGCCAGUUUGUACCCCCCUUUCAUAGCUAUGAAUCAUCAAUUCAUUACUUUCUAUUUACAUGAAAUACAAAAAAGGAAAAAAAAAAAACAUUUCUUACCAAUGUAUUUUACCAUGGCAUAUGAUCAUUUUUGUUGAAGUAUUUUCGUGAAUUUUCAAAAUAAAUGUUCAUCAGAAAAAUGUAAACAUUUCAGUCAUAGCUCAAUCAAAUUAUAUACAAGUGUCUUGAAAGUUUCUAUUACACUUUAUUCUUGUCAAUUUCUUUUCCAAUUAUUUAUUUAGCAGUGCCCCAUUUUGGACAGUUGACCCAUGAUAUGACUUUGCUACGACUGACAUUUUAAUAUAUCUAAAGGGCCACAAGCAAAAAUAAAGUUCUAAGGGCCACACGUCACUGAAGUUAUUGAGUCCAUAAGAUGGAAUAUAAAUUGAAUAUAGAAAAAAACUUCAAAUGUGCAGUUAUCAAAGCAGAAACAAGAAAAAUGACUGUUGGGUAUAAAAGCUGGUGUGAUUGUUUUAAGGCCUAGUUGUGAAAGGCAUAGACUUAUACCUGAUAAAUAUCAAAGGUACUAAAUGGCAAAGGGGCAAAAUGACCAACACCUGUCAAGAGUCACUGUGGUUCCAUCAAAUAUUGCCAGUGAUUAAAUUUUAGCCAACAUGGGUCCAAUAUAGGUACAACUCUUUUUCAGAGCUAUGAAAAAGUAUUAGAUGUCCUGCAGAUUUCUUCUGCAUUGUUUUCUUGUCACACCAUUUUUUUCAGAUUAUCAAACACAUUUUAUUAUCAAAAAUAACACAAUGAAAUAUACAGCUUUCAAAUGCUUUUUGUUAAAGAGACCCAUGGUAGAUGAAGUCCAAUAACUGUCCAAUAACGCUAAGGCAACUUUGCUUGCUUUAUCAGCUGAGAGUAAUACAUUAUUUUGAGACAAUUAAGAGAGAAAACAAGAGAAAAACAACAGUCUUAAAAGUUUUAGCAUCCACUUAGUUUCUCCUGGUUCGAAGUUUGCUUGGAUCAAUCUAUCUUGUCACUGUGAUACUAAAAACAAGGAUAAAAAGAGUUAAAAGAUAGGACUCAUGCUGACUGAAAACUCAUUAGCGUCAGAUAAAAAAUAAUUUUCUAUAUACAAAAUCUUUUUAAAUGCUUAAAAACCCUAUGAUUUUCUUUGGUAUACUAUCUCUACCUCCUUGAUAUCGCCUGCUCAGAACUCAGAAACAUGAAAUCUUAAUGCAACAAGCAGCAAGGCCAAAUGUAUAAUUACUUGUUUCUAUGGGUUCAACACUUUGUGUUUAUAUCUGUGGGCCUGUGAGCACAGCAGCUGCAAAAAGAGAGCACAAAAAAGACAGUUCAGAAUAAAGAGGAACUAAAUUGUACACUUGGAAUGAUUCUAAUGCCCAUACUGGGGUUAUUAGAAGAGAGCUGCUGGUUUCUUAUUAUUGCUGCAUUAGUUCAACCUAGAAAGUGUUGAGGGAGAUGAUAAUUCUUCUGAGGAAUGUCCAAAAAAAGGUGGCCAAGAUAGAUUUCCAAAUAAUGCUGGUUAAAAUCUCAAAACAGGCAUUGAUGAAGACAAAGGCAAGCGUUUAAAACAGUAAUUAUCCAGAGGAUGGUAAGUUGCCCUGACAUCUUCCAGUGCUGCCCUCAAACCAUCUGCUUAAGGCUCCCUAAUGUGGUGGUAGAGCAGCGCAGCGCAGAUGGCAAGACAAGAGUGGCGCCCCUCUAACCUUUCAAGCAAAUCAGCUGUUAGGCAAGCCUACAGCUCCACCUCUCUCUGAGGAGGAAGACUGAUUUGAUCCCAAGUUGCCAAAGUAAGGUCACAUUCCGAUGAUCUCCUGAGAAGCAUUGGAUCUAGAUCCACAAAACAAAGCUUCCAUCUGGUAGCUUCAAGGCCAAACUCCGUAGCUAUUACUCCUCGGUAUGUACAUUUUUUUUGUAUCUCUUAAACAGAUCAAAUGAAAAGGGGGGGGGAUAAAGUCUUUUUCCCAUGGUAAUGGGACCUGCAGAUAAAGAGACGUGUUCAGGUUUGCUUUCGGCAUUGUAAGAGAAUUUCUUUCAAUCAGCCUUAUUUUUCAUCUUGUAUCUGGAUACUUUCACACUAAUUGAUGGUUGGUUUUAAUUUUUUAUGUCAAGAACAGUAAAGUUAUAUACUGCUUGACUGAUUAUAAAGUCUGUCAUGCAUUGUUCUACAUUUCUAUUAAAAUGUGCUGUAAUGUUAUCAUAACUCUAGGUGAAACCAUUUCAACCUUUAGAGACACUCCGUUUUCUCGAAAAGCUUUCCAUAAUCAGCUGUCUUUAGGGGACAUGACACACCAGAAGGCAAAUUUUCAACUGAAGUUAAAGUCGAUUCAAAAACCUUCACAGCUCACCUUUCAUCUUGUCCUACCUGCAAGCCUUUGAUUCAUCUAGAAACAUCCAACAUUCCAGCUGAUUUUCUUACUAACAACCCCUCACUCCAUUUUGUUCUUUUUAUACAUAAGAUUGUACAAAGUAGUCCUCUAAUGUUUUCAUA